GCUAUCAUUACACCAGCGGAGCCAAAACAAGUCGGGAGGAGAAGGCAUGAAUACAAUGACCGCUGAAAUCAUAAAAGACAUCUCCCAGCCCGACUCACCUGUCUCCUCAGCACCAGAAAACGGACAGCUGUUGUUCAUCCGAAGCGUCGCGUCCAGGAGGGACACGCAGACCACCAGCGGCAGCGCCCACCUCGAGGAGGGCAGCUCCCAGCCCCUGGUCUCCUCCUCAGCCACAGCUCAGCCUCAGUCUUACACCAUGACAUCGGGCGAAUUCAUGCAGUCCACCCCUCUGUUCGUGCACAGGUCUAAUAAGAACAUGUUUUAUAAGAUCCUGUGUUUCCUCGUGCUCGUUCUUCAAGGAGGCAUGCUGGAUUUCUACCUCAUCAUCUUCACGGAUCUCUACUGGUGCUCGUGGAUAGCCACAGAUUUGGUUGUUAUAUCGGGUUGGGCGAUCUUCUUCAUGAAAAACGCCAGGAGCAAGCGAGAACGAGCGUGUGGUUUCCACCAGAAGGGCUCCAUCUUCGGAUGCAACCUCGGGGAGUUCACCUUCGCGUACCUGGCAUGGCUCAUCUACGUGAUCGCGUCCACCCCGAAAGUGGUGCUCGUCCUGGAAACGUCCAUCCUCGAUCUGAUCGCCCUCAAGGUGCCGUUUGGCAUCACCGGGUUUAAAAUAACCAUGCUGCUGUGCGCGCCUUUGCUUUACUGCCUCCUCAACUCAGUCAUCGAAGAUCCAAACGGCUCCACGCGCUUUCACUCCCAAGGCUGCUUCAUGGGCACCUGCUUAGACAUCCUAGACAGCUUCACGCUGGUGGAACUGCUCCUUAAAAACGAAAUCCCGAGCAUAUACCUUAGGUACACGGUUAUAUCAGUGUACUUCAUCGCAUUGGGCGUCCCGGUUGUCUGGCUUUACGAGUUGACGGCCUCAGAGAUGAACUGUCGCUGGAUAUGGGCGAGGUUUUUCACCGGCGUGCUGCUCAACGGUCCGCUCUUGGUGGUCAGAUGUUUCCUCGUCUUUGUUUACAAAACGCCCAUAUCGGUUUUCAUGUUCAAGAACAUCUUCUUCUUGGGGUGUAAGUGCCUGGAGCUGGUUGAACAGUGCACGUCCUUAAGAGGUGUCCGACGGUUUGCACGUGGACGCGGGGGUAACCCAUCCCAGUUCUCCCACUGCGUUUCCGAAAACGACAUGUGUCCUCACGGCUAUGUGAACACGCUGGCUGUCAAUACUCAGUCGUAGAUGCUCAUUAGGGACUGGGUUUGACCGGCCGGGGGCCUCGUAGGCUACUACACAGUGUGCAUCAGCCCUUUUAAGGGAAGGUACUACAGAGGUGCUAAUAUUCCUUGAUGAAGAUAAAACACACAAACCAAUUAACAAAUGCAUAAAAUGUAUUGCUAUAGCUACUUUGUAAAAGUAGGCUACGGAUUUUGAGGUACGGUCAGCUGCGAGGGAUAAAAUGGUAAAAACGUAUUUUAGAAUUACAAAUCACAAGUUAAUAAAAAGUAUUUUUUUUAAGGUCUUAACAGAAACUCAGUAU